AUGGCCCCUACUGCUACCGCCACCCAACCUGCCUUUCCCAACGGCUCUGCCUGGCCGCAGGAUGCUUUGAAGCAGCACCUGGCUACGAUCCAGAACCGCUCGGCUUCUCUCAAGGGCGCCGAUGUGGCGCCUUACAAGCAGCACGUCCCCAUUGUCCCCGGUAAGGAGCCAGUCGAGGACUACGAGGGCCACUAUGUGUUCGCCGAUAUCAAGGAAGCGCACACGAGUCGUGCCAUGACCAGCCGCUACUACAAGGACAUGAUGGAUUCGGCCGUGUCGGACGUGAUCAUCAUCGGUGCUGGCAGCGCUGGCCUCACUUGCGCGUACACACUCGGCAAAAAUCGCCCCGACCUGCGCAUCACCAUUCUUGAGGCGGGUGUGGCGCCAGGCGGUGGCGCGUGGCUCGGCGGCCAGCUCCAGUCGGCCAUGGUUAUCCGCAAGCCUGCGCACAAUUUGCUCACCGAGCUGGGCAUCCCCUUUGACGACGAGGGCGCCUAUGUUGUUGUGAAGCACGCCGCGCUCUUCACGUCUACGAUCCUGUCCAAGAUCCUGCUUAUGCCCAAUGUCAAGCUGUUCAACGCCACCUGCUGCGAGGACUUGAUCAUCAAGAAGGACGGCGACGGCCGUCAGCGUGUUAAUGGCGUCGUGACGAACUACACGCUGGUCAGCAUGGCGCACGGCCUUCAGAGCUGCAUGGACCCCCAGACGAUGACGGCGCCUAUUGUGUGCUCGUUCGCUGGCCACGAUGGUCCGUUUGGCGCGUUCACCGUCAAGCGCCUGGCUAGCGCCGGUCUGCUUAAGCUGGGCGACAUGAACCCGCUGGACAUGAACGCCUCGGAAGGCUUGAUUGUUAACAACACACGCGAGAUCUUCCCUGGUGCCGUGGUGGGCGGUAUGGAGCUGAGCGAGCUCGACGGACACCCUCGCAUGGGCGCCUCGUUCGGAGGUAUGCUUGCCAGUGGCCAGAAAGCCGCCCUGGAGGCCAUCAAGGCGUACGACAUGCUAGAGAUUGAAGACGGCGAGGUCAUCAAGUCGCGUGCUCCGUCGGCGUAG